GAGUUAUGCAGUGCCGUCAGUGCCGAUUAGGUUCGAGGAGGCGGCAUGGCAAGUGGCAUGUUGAAGAUCUUCGUGUGGCUACUGUGACACAGCAGCUCAAGCAUUAUUUGUAUGGCAGGAUAAGACCGCAUUCUCCCUUUGCUGACAAUCUUUUGGAGGCCGAAUUGAUCUCGAUUUUCCGUGAAGGCUGACCACAGGCAGCAAAAAACAAACUCGUCAGGCAGAAUGGAGGAAGAGAUGGAAAUUUGCUCCAACUGCAAGCGUGAGAUCAGGAGUGUUAAUUACGUGACACACUCGGUGCACUGCCACCGCAAUAUCGUCAUAUGCAACAAGUGCAACGAGCCGGUGCCCCGGGCUGAACUCGCUGCGCAUGAUGCUAGUGAACACAAGCUCAGGUCGUGCAGUGCUUGCGGAGCACAGGUUGAGAAGGCCCUCAUGCAGAAACAUGCGAAAGAAGACUGUCCACACAGAAAAAUAACUUGCACAUUUUGUGAACUUGAGCUGGAAGCUAAAGAGGCAAUUGAGCACGUGAGCUACUGCGGAACCAGAACCGAAAAAUGUUCGGAAUGUGGAGAAUUUGUGAUGCUCAAAUACCAGGCACUGCACCUGGACAGUAACCACGGAUUCCUGAAGCUAGAAGAUGAGCCUGGUCCACCUGCCAGUUGGGAAGCCCCUACUAUCAAAGCUAUUGUUAAGGCUGAACCCAGCCGUCCAAUUUUGAAAAGUGCCAUACGUCCAGCUAGCACCGUUCAGGCAGCUAGCAUUAAGAAAUCUGUUCCUAAUACAGUAAGAUUUGCUCCAAUUGAGAAACCAGCGCCUGCUGUUGAGAAACCUCCGGUUGGAAAGUCUGAAGGGCGCCAAACUAGGUUCAGCCACAACAAAAUUGGAGCUGAGGUCAAGCCUAUAGUUCUUGCUAAUCCUGAGUCGGAGUCGAAAACUGAAAAGAACGUUCCCGUCAAUGAUGAGGAGGCUGAUCGCCUUCUCGCCUUUAAAUUAGCUCAAGAUGAAAUGGAGAUGAUGAGCAAAUAUCAACUUGAUGGUAUAUUGCAACAGCGAAGGAAAGUUAUCGAAGCGUCUGAAAAAUCAAAAAUUUCUGUCAUUGAGUCGAACUCAGUCACACAAGAGGAAUUGCAAAAACCCUGUGAAAUCAUGGGAGCUGUUGGUGGAAAGUUUAGAAAGCAGAAAAGCCCUGAAGCCAAAGUGUUGGAAAACGAACCAAGAGCUGAUGAGGAGAAAACCAAAGAUCCUGACAAUACCUUUGAAGAUGUACAAAUUCCAUGCGAAUUUUGUGAAACACUGAUUCCUGCCAGCAGGCUGCUCAUUCAUCAGACUGGUUGUCGACCAGACCUUGCAUGCUACAUACCUUAUAGACCAAACAAAACCAGCAAGCCGGUACAUGAAAAUGAACACGCGACUGGAGAAGCUGAGAAUCCACCAACACGAACAAAGACUAUGAUACCCUGUGAUUUGUGUCACACAAGCAUCCAAGCUAACAUGUUCAUUCAGCACCAGUUGGCUUGUGAAAUCAAGCAUCUCCCUGCCAGAGGAAAUAAACCGAAAGCGCUUGUAAUGCCUCUCUCAGGACGGACUCUGAGAGCCUCCAAUUCCAUUGAAGAGUCCAUUCUGCCUGCUCUGCAAGACCUGGAAAAAGAAGCAGAUGGAAAGCCUGGUCUUCGCCCCUCAUUUUCUGCUAGGGACUAUACUGAAAUGAGCAGAUCAACACAAAGCAACAGCCACUACAGUGAGAAAGCUAAGGAUGAGGAGAAAGUGAAACAGGGAGCUGUACCUAAACAGAAGGCAAGAAGUGAAAGACCCCGCGUUAACUCCCCUGUGCUCCCUCCCACCCGUUAUUACUAACACUUAUGUUUGUUUCACAAUUACAUAACAAUAUUGGUCCCAAAUCAAUCAAGAAAUACAGAGCGCCCCAACCACCUCAACUGGAUAAGUCCAAAGAGCCUUAAGAUGAGAACAAAAUAAUGCUACUUGUAGGUAACUAUGUUUGCUAUUUCUUUUCCCAAAAUAUUUGGAUCAAAUGAUUAAGUGCUGCUUAAAAAUGUAUGCUUGAAACGUAUUUUGCCAAUUUUUUGUUCCUGUAUGACUAUAUAGAUGCAUUUUUUACUUGAAAAACUGCUGGAAGUUUUUGCUAUUAAAAGUUUUGACAUAAAAUAA